GUCUUAAAGAAGAGGCUUAAAUCACCGCGUCAUGGUGGAUGUUGGGUUAUAAUCACUGCUGUUAAUGUCUUGCCCCAGGAGCUCCAGUUCGAGCGGCUGACUCGGGAGCUGGAGGAGGAGCGGCAGAUCGUGGCUAGCCAGCUGGAGAGGUGCAUGCUGGGAGCCGAGUCACCAGAAGGAGACAGCAGCAGCUCAUCCGAGAAGUCGUUUGCAUGGAGAUCCGCAGGCGGAGAGUCUCAGGGCGGAGCCACAGAGGGGUCUGGAUGUCCUGGUCGUCACCUGGAAGCAGAGGAGGGACUCUUCCUGCCGGAGCCGGACCGAGCAUCCCUACAUGGCAGUGAGGGCUCAGGAGGUCACUCGGUCCAGAUGACCUCGUAUUCUGACAGCGGCUACCAGGACAGCAGCGUCAGUUACUACAGCAACCAGAACGUAGUGCGUUCGGAGCCCCGAGCAUCAAUAUCCAGAAGCCCAAGAGCAGAGGGUCAAGCUUCUGGGCAGGCCUCCAGCCGGGUGUUACGGAGGAUGGCCUCCCUCCCCUCCAGGAGCCAGUCUCCUGGCUGCGGCACUGCCGGCACAGUCUCACCUUCCCGCAUCUCCCUGCGAACAUCCCAAGGCAGCACGUAUGACUCGCCCAUCCUGUCUGAGCCCAAACCGCUGGCCGCUGUUUUCCCAGGCACUACCAUGCCGCCCUCCUGCCCGUCGCCGACCUCCCCGACUGAGAGCACCCAGGGUAGAGGGGGUGGUGCAGGUGGAAUUGUAGGAGGAGUUGGACUAGGAGGAGGCGAAAGAGGAGGAGGAGGAAGUGGAGGACGUCUGGGGUCCUCCCUUUCCUUGAUCGAGGGGAGGGGUUCAAUGGGGUCACCGCUGCGCUCAGGAAUGACGGCGGUGCCGCAGCACUACGGCUCCACCCUCCCCAGGCAGAGCCAGCCGCUGGCGUACGGCACCGAUCCAUACGGCCUGUACCAGAGGAGCGCUCUGCCCCGCCCAGACAGCCUCAUAGGUCAGUGUGACACCCAGCUAAUAACGGUCAUGCUCAUCGGUACCUGA